GUCAAUAUAAUUAACUUUUUAAUUUAAUUGUUUUCGACUCAAUUGAUUAUAAUUAUGUUAAUACAUAAUUAUUAAAUAGAUGUAUUUAAGUGAAAUUGGUGUUGUAGGCCUUAAUCCAAAAACAACUUCUUUAUUAAAGGAAUCAUGCCAGUCAACACAGCUUUGACCAAUUCAAAUGGGUGAAAACAUCAUGUUUCAGUCCGAUUGAGGUAUCAAGCGUGACCAAGCCUACCCCAAAGUACCUUCAACCCGCCAUGGGAAAGAUUUGCAGAAGCAAAACCAAAAAUGCCAAAAACAAAUUGAGAUCAGAACUCAAUCCACAGAUCACAUUGGGAAAAGAAAAUGUUUGCAGUUACAAACCAAUCCGGGCAACAGAAGAAUUCAAGGGGAGGAGUUAACUACUAGACUCUGUAUAUUUCAUUCUUUCUUCCUUUGCAUAACUUCUUUAUCAUUGAAAAAGAGUGUGACGCAGGUGCAUGUGUCAUCUUUUAAACCCUGGCAGUCUAUGUGUACAUAUUCUUGAAUCCUUAAUCCUUAUUUUAUUUCUAGAGUCAAUUUCACAGGAAAAAUUUUAAUCCAUUAGAUUAGUAGUUGUAGUGAAAGCCAAUUGUGCCCUUUAAAAUGCUUGGGUGCUGACCAUCUCUGUAACAGGAAAGGAGUACGCAGGAAAGGAAGAAGCAUACGAUUUUAGUUUCCUUUCUGAUUUUUCUUGUUUCUUCAGUGUAUUCAAUGGCAUCAGAGGGGAGACAGGCUAAUCCCGUCAAGCACUAUGUUCUAGUUCAUGGGUCUUGCCAUGGUGCCUGGUCUUGGUACAAGAUUGUGGCACUACUAAAAUCAUCUGGCCACAAAGUCACUGCUCUGGACUUGGCUGCUUCUGGAAUUAACCCAAAACAAGUGGGUGAUCUGCGAUCUAUUUCUGAGUAUUUCCAGCCACUGAGGGACUUCAUGGAGUCACUCCCUGCAGAUGAAAGGGUGGUUCUCGUUGGACACAGCUUGGGUGGGUUGGCCAUUUCUCAGGCCAUGGAGAAGUUCCCAGAAAAGGUUUCUGUAGCUGUUUUUGUUACUGCCUCAAUGCCUGGUCCCACUCUCAACAUUUCCACUCUCAAUCAAGAGUCACUCAGGAGACAAGGUCCUCUACUAGACAGCCAGUUCACAUAUGAUAAUGGCCCCAACAAUCCUCCCACCACUUUCACCUUUGGCCCCUUGUUCUCAUCACUGAAUGUGUAUCAGUUGAGCCCAACUGAGGACUUGGCACUAGGGACUAUGUUGAUGAGACCCUUACGCUUGUUCAGUGAAGAAGACAUGUCAAAGGAUCUCAUGUUGUCGAAGAAAUAUGCCUCGGUUAAACGUGUCUUUAUUAUUUCUGAGGAAGACAAGCUGGCGAAAAAGGAUUUUCAACUCUGGAUGAUCGAAGAAAACCCACCUGAUGCUGUUAAAGAGAUUAAAGGAUCUGAUCACAUGGUCAUGAUGUCUCAGCCAAAAGAGCUUUGGGUUCACCUGCAGGCAAUUGCUGAGAAGUAUUCUUGAUGUUGUCAUACCAUUAUGUGGAAAACGAAACAAUUGAAUAAGCAGGAAAAGAAAAAAGUUUCAAUUGAAAUUGGUACUUUGAACUGUGGAUUGAUUCAAAGAAAUUUUUACUAAUAGAAACAUCAUGGUUCAGUUGUAUCAAUUAUAAAUGUAUUGCAAUAUACAACUAUAUUUCAGGAGUUUU